AUGGCAGAAGUCUUUGUGUCGGUUUUCACCAAGAAGGUUGGUGGUGAUUGGAUGCCCACAAUUGUGAAUGCUGGCAAAAAGGAGAUUCCGGUUUUAAAGCUCGCCAUUUUAAGCCUGGUGUAUCUGGAGGACCUGUCUCGUGAUUGUCAGGUGCCUGACUUCUGGAUCCGUCCCCAGCUGUCCAAGGAGAAGAUUGAGGGAUGUCACAUCUGCACCUCGGUAACGCCCGGGGAGCCCCAGGUGUUGCUGGGAAAGGACAAGGCCUUCACCUACGACUUUGUCUUCGACCUGGACACGUGGCAGGAGCAGAUCUACACCACGUGCGUCAGCAAGCUCAUUGAGGGUUGCUUCGAAGGCUACAAUGCCACCGUGCUGGCGUAUGGCCAGACCGGAGCUGGCAAGACGUACACCAUGGGCACCGGCUUUGACAUGAACCUCUCCGAGGAAGAGAACGGGAUCAUCCCCCGGGCCAUCUCCCACCUCUUCAGCGGCAUCGAGCAGCGCAAGCGGGCGGCGCAGGAGCGGGGCACGCCUGUGCCUGAGUUCAAAGUCAGCGCCCAGUUCCUGGAGCUCUACAACGAGGAGAUCCUGGACCUGUUCGACAGCGCCCGGGACCCCGACGCCCGCCACCGCAAAUCCAACAUCAAAAUCCACGAGGACGCCAGCGGCAGCAUCUACACCACCGGCGUCACCUCCCGCCUCAUCAGCUCCCAGGACGAGCUGAUCCAGUGCCUGAAGCAGGGGGCUCUGUCCCGCACGACCGCCAGCACCCAGAUGAAUGUGCAGAGCUCCCGCUCCCAUGCCAUCUUCACCAUCCACCUGUGCCAGAUGAGGGUCUGUGCCCAGCCCGACCUGGUGACCGGCCUGCCAGAGGGGUCCCAGACCUCCAGCGAGUACGAGACGCUCACUGCCAAGUUCCACUUCGUCGACCUGGCCGGCUCGGAGAGGCUGAAGCGCACCGGCGCCACGGGCGAGAGAGCCAAGGAGGGCAUCUCCAUCAACUGCGGCCUGCUGGCGCUGGGAAACGUCAUCAGCGCCCUCGGAGACCAGAGCAAGAAAGCCGGGCACGUCCCCUACCGAGACUCCAAACUCACCCGGCUCCUGCAGGACUCCCUCGGGGGGAACAGCCAAACCAUCAUGAUCGCCUGCAUCAGCCCCUCGGACCGGGACUUCAUGGAGACCUUGAACACGCUGAAGUACGCCAACCGGGCUCGCAACAUCAAGAACAAGGUGGUGGUGAACCAGGACAAGACCAGCCAGCAGAUCAGCGCGCUGCGGGCCGAGAUCGCCCGCCUCCAGAUGGAACUCAUGGAGUACAAGGCGGGCAAGCGUGUCGUCGGGGAGGACGGGGCGGAGGGCUACAGCGACCUGUUCCAGGAGAACGCCAUGCUCCAGAAGGAGAACGCCGCCUUGCGCAUGCGGGUGAAGGCCAUGCAGGAGGCCAUAGACGCCAUCAACACCCGCGUCACCCACCUGAUGAGCCAGGAGGCCAAUUUGAUACUGGCCAAGGCAGCUGACGGCAACGAGGCCAUUGGGGCUCUGAUCCAGAACUACAUCCGGGAGAUCGAGGAGCUCAGGACAAAGCUGUUGGAGAGCGAAGCCAUGAACGAGUCGCUCCGCCGCAGCCUGUCGCGGGUCUCCUCCCGGCCCCCGUACUCCCUGGGCUCGUCUCCAGGGCCGGGCCUGGGGGCGCUCAGCAGCCCCAUGGUCUCCAUGGAGGCAGAGGCCUCGGAAGUCCUUCGGCGGGCCAAGCAGGACCUGGAGCGGCUGAAGAAGGAGACCAGGCAGCGGAGGAAGAGGAGAAGGCCAAGUCCCUGGCUGGGGGCGGGGGGCGGCUAUUCCGGGUCCUCCCAUCACUAUAGGACCAUAGUUACUGGACACCCCUUCUCCCUUGGCUUCCGGCACGCUCCAGACACCCUGCCCCCACCCCACAGCCAUACAGCAGGGAAGUGGGGGUCCUGCAUUUGGGGCUGGCGGGAGCAAGAGCCUGGGCCGAUGGGAGAAGGCCCGUGGGGCCUGACCCCCAAUGUUUCCCAGGAGGAGGAGGAGCGGGAGGAGAGCGGCUGUGAGGAGGAGGACGAGGACUCGGGCAGCGAGGAGAGCCUGGUGGACUCCGACUCGGAUGCUGAGGAGAAGGGUAACGCCCGGGCCUGGCGCCCCCUCUGCCGAGGCACCAUGGAAUGCUACACGGAGGAGAAGGCCAACAAGAUCAAGGCGGACUACGAGAAGCGGCUGAAGGAGAUGAACCGGGACCUGCAGAAGCUGCAGGCGCCUGGGGGCUCCGCCCAGCCCGGCGCGCUGAGCCUGCCUCCCUCCCCAGGCACCAUGGAAUGCUACACGGAGGAGAAGGCCAACAAGAUCAAGGCGGACUACGAGAAGCGGCUGAAGGAGAUGAACCGGGACCUGCAGAAGCUGCAGGUGGCCCAGAAGGAGCACGCCCGCCUGAGGGGAGCCCCCUCGGCCUCGCCAAGAGGGCUUAGCAGUGCCAUGAUGCACCUGCCCGUCCCCCCGCAGGUGGCGCUGAUGAAGCAGAUGCGGGAGGAGCAGCAGCGCAGGCGGCUGGUGGAGACCAAGCGGAACCGGGAGAUCGCCCAGCUGAAGAAGGAGCAGCGCCGGCAGGAGUUCCAGAUCCGGGCCCUGGAGUCCCAGAAGCGGCAGCAGGAAAUCGUGCUGCGAAGGAAAACCCAGGAGGUCUCCGCUCUGCGCCGCCUGGCCAAGCCCAUGUCGGACCGGGUCGCCGGGCGGGCGAGCCAGAAGCCAGCCCUGCUGGACUCUGGGGGGGGGGGGCCCCCCGGCACCACCUCCUCGGACCCGGAGUCCGGCUCCCGCUCGGUCUCCAGCAUAGUGCGCCAGUGGAACCGGAAAAUCGACAACUUCCAGGGAGACCCUUCGCCCUCCAUGAAUGGGGCGCGGCCCGUCAGGUCAGACAGGUCCCUGACCACGCCCCAUGCUGGUACCCGUGGGUCUCGGCUCAAGUGGCAGUCGCUGGAGCGGCGCAUCUUCGACAUCGUCAUGCAGAGAAUGACCAUCGUCAACCUGGAGGCCGACAUGGAGCGACUGAUCAAGAAGCGGGAGGAGCUGGCGCUGCUGCAGGAGGCACUGCUGGGCAAGAGGGGAAAGCUGCAGGCCGAGAGCCCUGAGGAGCAGAAGAGCCUGCAGGAGCUGAACGAGGAGAUCGAGGUGCUGACGGCCAACAUCGACUACAUCAACGACAGCAUCUCCGACUGCCAGGCCACCAUCAUGCAGCUCGAGGAGAGCAAGGAGGAGCUGGACUCCACCGACACCUCCGUGGUGAUCAGCUCCUGCUCCCUGGCCGAGGCGCGCCUGCUGCUGGACAACUUCCUCAAGGCGUCCAUCGACAAGGGGCUGCAGGUGGCUCAGAAAGAAGCGCAGAUCCGCCUGCUGGAGGGGCGCCUGAGACAGACGGACGUGACCGGCUCCUCCCCGAACCACGUGAUCCUGGACGCCCUGCGGGAGAAGGCCGAGACCCCCCCCGAGCUGCAGGCGCUGAUCCACAACGUGCAGCAAGAGAACGGCUACGCCAGCACGGACGAGGAGAUCUCGGAGUUCAGCCUGGCCUCGGACGGGAGCGUCUCCCAGUCUCUCACCAUGAAGGGCUCGGCCAGCCAGGAUGACUUCAAGUUCCAGGGGGAGCCCAAGCUGUCCGGCCAGAUGAAGGCUGUGUCGGCCGAGUGCCUGGGACCCACGCUGGACAUCUCCACCAAGAACAUCACCAAGUCCUUGGUGUCGCUCAUGGAGAUCAAGGAGGACGGGAUUGGCUUUUCCAUCCGGGAUCCCUACUACAAGGACAAGGUCUCCCGCACCAUCAGCCUGCCCACCCGCGGCAGCACCUUCCCGCGGCAGUCCCGGGGCGCGGACACCUCGCCUCUGACCCGGAGGAAGUCCUACGACCGUGGGCAGCCCGUCAGGACUUCGGACGCGGGCUUCACGCCACCCUCGUCCCCGCCCACCAGGCCGCGCAACGACCGCAACGUCUUCUCCCGCCUCACCAGCAACCAGAGCCAGGGCUCCGCGCUGGACAAGUCUGACGACAGCGACUCCUCUGUCUCGGAGGUGCUGAGGGGCCUCAUUAACCCAGUGAGCAGCGCCAAGAGCGCCCGCACGGCCCCGCUGCAGUGCAUCUCCGUGGCCGAGGGACACUCCAAGCCCGUUCUCUGCGUGGACGCCACCGACGAGCUGCUCUUCUCUGGAUCCAAAGACCGCAGCUGCAAACUGUGGAACCUGGUGACGGGCCAGGAAAUCGCCUCGCUGAAAGGCCACCCCAACAACGUGGUGUCCAUCAAGUACUGCAGCCACUCGGGGCUGGUGUUCACCGUCUCCACGUCCUACAUCAAGGUGUGGGACAUCCGGGACUCGGCCAAGUGUGUCCGCACCCUCACGUCUUCGGGCCAGGUGAUCUCCGGGGACGCCUGUGCUGGGACCUCCACCCGCACCAUCGCCAGCGCGCAGGGCGAGCACCAGAUCAACCAGAUCGCGCUCAACCCCGCCGGCACCAUGCUCUACGCCGCCGCCGGGAACUCCGUCCGGACCUGGGAGCUCAGCAGGUGGGGGCAGUGCUGGGCCCGGAGGGGCGAGCGGGGCCCGAGGCCAGGGCAGCUCUUGGUGGGGGAGGCGGCCAGCCAGCCUUCCUUGGCUGUUUCCUUGCAGAUGUUUGAGAUCGCGGACAGCAUGGGGGGGAACAUCGGCCCCACCCACAACUUCGAGCCCCCGCACUACGACGGCAUCGAGUGCCUGGCCAUCCAGGGCAACGUGCUCUUCAGCGGCUCCCGGGACAACGGCAUCAAGAAGUGGGCCCUGGAGCAGCAGGAGCUCCUGCAGCAAAUCCCCAACGCGCACAAGGACUGGGUCUGCGCCCUGGCCUUCGUGCCCGGCCGCCCCAUGCUGCUGAGCGCCUGCCGCGGGGGCACGGUGAAGGUCUGGAACGUGGAGAACUUCACGCCCGUGGGGGAGAUCAAAGGCCACGACAGCCCCAUCAAUGCCAUCUGCACCAACGCCAAGCACAUAUUCACAGCCUCCAGCGACCUGACGGUGAAGCUGUGGAGCCGGAGGAAGCUCCGGAACGGCCCGACCUAGGCACUGGGAAGGCAGGCCCAGCCCCCUCCCUGCCCAGGAAGCUGCUUUGUCCGCAAGAGCAGGGGGCGGCCUGGCCUGUGUGGUGUCCGGUUCCCAGGCCUCGGGGGGCUGGGGCUGUGGGCACUCCCGGCCGGGGGCGUGGCCCUGUGCAGCCCACGCUGGGCCUCCGGGGACCAGGGCAGGGCCCAGCAGUGCUUUGGGAUGGGGCCUUGCCAGCCCCAGCAGGACCCCCGAAGGGAUCCGUCCAGUCUGCCCCCCAGCCUGGUCAGC